AUGGAGGAAAGGUACACUAGCAGAGCAUUCCUAACAGUGGAUGCAAAUGUCUCAGACUUCGAGAGUAACAUCACAGCAGUGAAUGGAAGUAACCACCAUGAAAUUUCAUUUUGUAACAUCAUAUUCUGUACCAUGAUUUUGCUUUCCCUCAUCUUUGCACUAGCUGGACUGGUUGGAAAUGGCAUAGUGCUAUGGAUCAUGUUCUUCCAUGUCCGCAAAAAUGUCUUCUGUGUCUACAUUCUCAACCUGGCUGGUGCUGACUUUCUCUUCAUGUGUUUUCAAAUUGUACAUUGCUCUCAUAUUGUCUUGGAUAUCUUCUACCCCAGCCUCAUCAGUUUUCCUUUGUUUUCUUUUGUUCUGAUACACUUUGCUUAUCUUUGUGGUCUGAGCAUUCUCAGUGUCAUUAGCAUUGAACGCUGCCUGUCUGUCAUGUGGCCCAUCUGGUAUAGAUGCCAACGCCCAAAGCACACAUCUGCUGUCAUAUGUACCUUGCUUUGGGUCUUGUCUCUGCUGUUGAGCAUCCUGGAAGGAAAGGAAUGUGGCUACAUAUUUGAUAGUCUUGGUCCUGGUUGGUGUCAGACAUUUGAUUUCAUCACAACUGCAUGGUUAAUUGCUUUAUUUGUGGUUCUCUUAGGGUCCAGUCUGGCUUUAGUAGUUACUAUCUUUUGGGGCUCACACAGGAUCCAUGUGACUGGGCUGUAUAUGACCAUUGUGUCCACAGUGCUGGCCUUCCUACUCUUUGGUCUGCCCUAUGGGAUCUACUGGUUCCUCUUAGAAUGGUUUGAAAAUUUUCAGAAUGUUGUGCCUUGUGAUUUUUAUCCAGUGACAUUAUUUCUGUCCUGUGUUAACAGCUGUGCCAACCCCAUCAUUUACUUCCUCGUUGGGUCCAUUAGGCACCGCAGGUUCCAGCGCAGAACUCUCAAGCUGCUUCUGCAGAGGGCCAUGCAGGACACUCCUGAGGAGGAAGAAAGUGGAACGACGGGUCCUUCAGGAAGAUCUAGAGAAGUGAAAACAGUCUGGCAGGGACCAAGAGCUGCUUUGAUCAGGCAGGAAUAGCUUUGAGAAAUAUCUUUGACCUUAUCAUUUUGUGGAAUAUUUAUAACAUUGUUUAGUUGAUGACCCAGUGUUAAUAUUAUUGGGAAAAUAGUCAUUCUUGCAAAAGUUGAUUGACUCUGGACUUGUUACAAAGAUACUGACUACAGCAUGUCUGGAGCUGCCCUACACAUGGAUUCUCUAUCUGGUUUUGAUGGACUCUUGUAAGCUCCCUGGUGUCCAGGAGGCUUGUUGACCACUAUCAACAAAUAUCUCCUUCAGCAAAAGGCUCAAGAAAGUGCAGGAAAGAGAUGCAUUUCUUUUGUCACUUGAUAGUGGUUAAAUCCAUUGCAAAAAAAAAAAUCUGUUUUUAAAACAAUAUUUUUCUCAGUAAUUGAAGGAGUAAAUAUAUGCAUCUUACUAUGUCAGGUUUUAUUACUUUCUGCAUGUUUUAAAGAAUUUAUGGAGCACUGCUAUUUCUUAUAUAAAUUGCUCUGUAAACAAAUAAACAUUCUCAAGAGAAGUCUGUAAAAUCUCUGUUCACCUGGUGCAGUUCUCACCUUCAAGCUCAUUGUGUCUUCCAUUUUCACAUUGGAAUAGUGCAGUCAGCUUGUGUAAUGAGAACCAUCAACAUUCACGAGCACCUACCU